UGUUAUCAUUUGUUUUGAUUUUGUAAUUCGCAAAAUUAUUUUUAAAUUAAAUUGGUUAUAAAAUAUCAGUUAGCGUAUUUAAUUGAAAUGGUAGGAAAAGAGGCUGCAGAGUCAAAAAAUAAAGAAGUUUUGCCUAAAACCGAAAACCAAAAACAACCUGAACAAGAAAAUAAGCAAGGCAAAGAAUGGGGUUAUGAUUUAUACCCAGAAAGACGAGGUGAAACAUUUAAGCCAUCAUGGGGUAGAGUUUUGCUUGGAUUGGAAGGACGUGAAACAACUGACAAAAUUAGAUGUGAACGCAAUGUUUUUUGGUGUGUGAAAAAUAGUCCAUUAGUUAAAUUAAUGAUGGGUGCUUUAAAGAGCUCAGGUUGCCCAAUUGAUAUAAGAAGACAUAUCUCUUGUGAAGUUUGUGACACAACAGUGACUGGAGGAUACGAUCCUGUCAACAACCAAAUUGUGGUUUGUCAAAAUAUGGCAAGAAACGAGGGAAUGGUGCAAGGAGUGUUAACUCAUGAAAUGAUUCAUAUGUUUGAUUACUGCAACAAUGACUUGGAUUUUAAAAAUAUUGAUCAUUUAGCUUGUACAGAAAUCCGCGCUGCAAACUUAGCUCACUGUUCAUUUUUUAGUGCAAUGGCUCAAGGUGAUGCAUCUUUUUUCAAUAUUAAAGAAGCACAUCAAAAUUGUGUAAAAACCAAAGCCUUAAAUUCUGUGCUAGCUGUUAGAAACGUUACUAGAAAUGAAGCAAUUGAUGCAGUUGAAAGAGUCUUUCCAAAAUGUUAUGCUGACUUAGAACCAAUAGGUAGAAGAAUACGUAGAAAUUCUAGUGAUAUGCAUAGAGCUUAUUUAGAAGCUCCUUUGUACGGUUACGAUCCAGAAUAGAAUAAUAACAAAAAAAUGACAUGUAGUUCUUAGUUAUUGCUAAUAUUAAAUUAUAAAUUUGUGGUAUCAGG